CUAGCUUUAGCUUCAUACACACUUUGCCCAUGUGUGGUAAAAUUUAUUGUAUAGAUAAAAUAGUAAGCAAAACGGGACCUGCAUUAGUGCAUUCCAUGGCACAAAUUCAUUUUUGUAUAAAGUAUUAAAUACCAUUUUUUAUUCAUUCAAACACACAUUGUCAUAUCUAAUAUUUUUAGUUAGAAUUUUUAUAAGUAGUGUGUUCUUUGAUAUUGUUACUUAUCUAAAGAUAACACAUUAAUUAUGACAUCCUUGCAGUUCACCCAAGAUUAUGAAACGCUUGCAGAUGAAACUUCUUCACAAACAAUUUUUAAUGAAGGAAAGGACCAAAUUUUAUGUUACAUCCAUGGCUAUAGAAAGUCUAGAAUUCGCUCUUUUUUCUAUCACCUUUUUUGCAUGUUUUUAGCAGGCAUUCCGAUCCAUGAAGCAGAUAUUCUUUUAGUCCAAGACAGCCAUGAAAACUAUAGUAUUACAAAAAUCCUAACUAUAGAGAUAUACUUGCAAGAUAUACUUAUUUCUGACACAGUGAAAUAUUUUUUUCAUCAACAUACGAGAUAUGUAUGGAUACCAGAGACAUAUAGUUUUGGUACUCUAAACGAACUGUUAUGGGCACAGAAAUCAUGUAAUGAAUAUCUUGAUGAUCUGGAAGGACUUACUGAUGCCGAAUACAACAAAAUGUUUAAAUUGUAUGGUCCAAACAAAAUAGAAGUUGAAGUCAAGUCUUACUGGAAACUCUUUUUAGAAGAAAUCUUUAAUCCUUUUUAUUUAUUUCAAGCAUUUUCUAUUGCAUUGUGGUAUUUUGAUGACUAUAUUGUUUAUGCAAAUUGUGUUAUCGUUUUGACUACAUUCUCCAGUAUUAUGUCGUUAAUACAAACUCGAAAACAAAGUGAACAUCUUCAUGACAUAGUAAAAUCUACAACUUCUUAUGAAAUACAAGUAAUAAGAAAAAUUAAUAAUGAGUCUACUUUUGUGGAUAUAAAUCCUGAAAAUCUUGUACCUGGUGAUCUAAUAGUAAUGCCUGCUGCAGAACUUAUAAUGCCAUGUGAUGCAGUUCUUCUGACUGGGCAAGCUUUUGUUAAUGAGAGCGUAUUGACAGGUGAAAGUGUUCCAGUGAAGAAAAAUGCUUUGCAUUCAAGUUCAGAAGUUUACUCAAUUGACUUGCACAAACGGCACACAAUUUUUUCAGGAACGCAUAUUGUUCAAACUAGGUAUUAUGAAGGACAACAAGUUUUAGCCAGAGUAGUUCGUACAGGAUUUGACACGACAAAGGGAAACUUAGUUAGAAGUAUUCUGUUCCCCACUCCGGUCAAUUUACAGUUUUUCAAAGAUUCUUUCAAAUUUAUCCUUUUAUUGUUUAUGAUAGCGGCUUGCGGAAUGAGUUAUUGUUUACAUCUUUACAUCACUAGACAUGCGAAAACCAAAGAAACUGUUAUAAGAGCCUUAGACAUAAUAACUAUUGUUGUACCUCCGGCAUUACCUGCAGCCAUGGCCAUCGGAACCGUUUACAGCCAGUCGAGGCUAAAAAAGCAAAAAAUUUUCUGCAUCAGUCCUCCUAGAAUUAACGUUUGUGGAAAAAUUAAACUUGCGUGUUUUGACAAGACAGGAACUUUAACUCAUGAUGGCUUGACAAUGAAUUCUGUUAUUUAUUGUCAAGAAGCUCAAUUUUAUGAACCUAUAACGGAUAUUGUUCAUUUGGAUGAUAAUUGUAAAUUUGUACAAGGUAUGGCUACUUGUCACUCUUUAACAAGAAUAGGUGGACAGUUAAAUGGAGAUCCUUUAGAUCUAAAUAUGUUUGAGUUUAGCAGAUGGAAGUUGGAAGAACCUGGUGAUGCAGAAAAUACUAGGUUUGAUAUGCUAGGUCCAUCAGUUGUCACACCUCCAAAAAGCCAAAUAAGGUUAAAGCUGGAUCAUGGGGACACCGAUUUGUAUUCAGACCAGGAAUCCCGUCAAAUUGGUAUAAUUCGAGAUUUUUCUUUUUCUUCCACGCUGCAAUGUAUGUCCGUAAUUUGUAAAGCGUUGGAAACUCCGAAUCUGUUUGCAUUUACUAAAGGUGCUCCAGAAAAAAUAUUUAAUCUUUGUGUUCCUAGUACAUUGCCUUCUGAUUUUCAAACCAAAUUAAGCUAUUAUACUGCCAAGGGGUAUAGAGUUAUAGCCCUAGCAUACAAGGAAUUACAUCGUAAAUUUAAAUGGAAAGAUGCUCAGAAAGUCCAAAGAGAAAUGAUAGAAUGUGACUUACAUUUCUUGGGCUUGCUAAUUUUACAAAACCCAUUGAAAGAACAGACGACUCCCGUAAUACGGCAAUUACAUUAUGCUAAUAUACGAACGGUUAUGAUAACAGGUGACAACAUAAUGACAGCUAUUUCUGUGGGAAGAGACUGUGGCAUGAUUUCUUGUAGUGCCGACGUGUAUAUUUUUAGUAUUUCAGAAAAUGUUAAUGAUUCUGGUAUACCAUCUAUAGUUAUAGAAAAAACAGGAAGUGGCUAUCAACCAGACGUUGCUGUAAUUGAUGUUUACCAGUCGCCAAGUAGCCACAUCGCCAUAGAUGGCCAUACAUGGUCGAAACUUUUGACAUACUAUGAACAUCUUAUAUCUAGUUUGCUGGUAAGGACUACAAUUUUUGCAAGAUUCCAGCCUGAUCAAAAAACACAAGCUGUGACUGCGUUGCAAAAAUUAGACUAUAUUGUUUCUAUGGUAGGAGAUGGUGCUAACGAUUGUGGGGCCCUAAAGGCUGCCCACGUUGGUGUUUCUCUAUCAACUACUGAAGCUAGCGUGGCAGCACCAUUUACGUCAGGCAUUCCAGAUAUUUCAUGUCUAGUUCGGCUAAUCUUAGAAGGAAGAUGUGCCUUAGUGACAAGUUUUGCUACUUUUAAAUAUAUGGCUCUUUAUAGUUUAAUACAGUUUAUUAGUAUAUUAAUACUUUAUAGGUGUUAUUCGAUACUUGGAGAUUUCCAGUUUUUGUACAUUGAUCUUAUAAUAACUACGAGUUUAACUGUGACAAUGGGUCAUCAAGGACCAUCAGCGAAUCUAUGCCCAAAAAGGCCGAUGUCCUCAUUAAUUUCACCUAAAACUAUACUUCCCCUUAUGUUUCAAAUACUUUUAUGUGUGUGUUUUCAAAUUGGAUCUUUAUAUUUUUUGUAUCAGCAAAGUUGGUUUAAGCCUAUAAAACCCGGCAAUGAAGAGACUACUGUAUCAUGGGAAAACACUGUUAUAUUUACAGUUUCGUGUUGUCAAUAUUUGAUAUUGGCAUGGCAUUUUUCAAAAACAAAACCAUACAGGCAAUCUGUUUUUAACAAUGUUUGGUUUAUACUAAACGUUUUAUCCUUAAGUAUUUUUACAACGUGGCUAAUGACUGAUCCGUGUAAAAAAAUGGCUGAACUUAUGGACCUAAUUCAUUUUGACCAAAGCGAUAAAAUAUUGAAAAAUUUUAAGUAUGUUUUGAUCCUGUUCCCCGUUGGACAUUUUGUCGCUGCUGGAUUUAUAGAGUUCUGUAUGAGUGACCGAGACUGGCUUAAGAAGUUUUUCCAGUGCCUAAGUUGUAAAAAGCAACCAAAAAAUAAAUACAAAAGGCUUCUGCGAGAACACGAUUUUGUUCAGUAUUUAAACUCGUUACCUAAUUCUGAGAUCAGAUGACAUCUAAAUGCUUUUAACAGAAGUUUAAAAUAUGGAAAAAUGUAUUUCUUUUAAUUAAACGUCAUUAUUCUAUUAAUAUAUAUAUGAUAUAUAUAUA